CAGUGCUUGCAUGCACAGGUAUGAGGUCCAGGAUCUCCGGGAGCUUACCGCGCUGGUGGUACAUGCAUCGCUCUCGAAACACACCCUGGCAGCGGUCAGGUGGGCGACGGCGGUCUUCAAGUUUCCACCCACAAGCGAUUUUCCACCGAGACACUGGCACUGUAGGCCACUGGCAGCGCCACGGGUACUGGGGACGAUAUGUAUCGUAUAGUAUAAGUAUGAGGCCGCGGUAGAAGACGUGUAUCAGCCUAGUUCUCAAGUACACCGCACAAUAUCUACAUGCCUAAGACCGAGUUUGCGAAAGGAGAUCUUGUGUAUCUGAGCAGGCGUGAGAUGGUGCAAUGUACACUUCAGGACAUCGACGAGGAGGUCCGCCGCCAGCCAUGGAAAAUCGUAGACAACUUGAAGGAGCCUGAGACAUCCGGCCUCCAGAUUCGCAGCACUUGCAGGAGAAGCAACUUCACCCGCACCGUGCCCAAGGGAGACCUUGUCAAGUGAGUGUCAUUUGACGAUUUCCUCGGUAACGUCAGUCGACCAAACUCUCCGCACGCCGUUGAUCAGGAUACAUGGGCGCCGGAUCGUCG